UGUCGGUCCCUAAUAAAAACGUCGCUAUAUAUUAAUUUUCAAGCAACGAAAAGUGAAGGCAUAUUUGCCGUUGGAGAAGAGAUACACGAAAAACAAAAAAAAAUCCAAAGAGCCCCGCUAAAUGUUUUCUCCCGCGCAAACGAAACCAGUAACUUCUCUCGUCUUCCCUCAAACCGCACCAGCAAAAACCCUUUCAAAAUCUUCUCUUUAUUGAUUCUAGGUUUCUAACCCUCUCUCCCAUCGCAUAUUCGCAUUUUCCUAAUUUCUUCCGCAGCUGAGAAGCACCGAACUGAAUUAAGAGCAGACCAUCAAACCUUCUCUUUGCCGAUUCUAGGUUUCCAUCCCUCUCUCCCUCAUCUCUUGCCACUCCUUCGGCAGCUGAGAACCGAACUGAACUCAUCUCCGGCGAGGUUGAUCUGGUCUUGUAAGAAUUCAUAGUCUAUUAGCCAAUGCUUCUUUUAGAGCUUCUUCGUUACUAUGAUCUUCAUCGACCACCACAAUUUGUUGAGGCUAUAAAAUGAAGAGAAAAAAAUCAGAGCCAAGUGUUCAUAUUGUUGAUUGUUCUAUAAUUGAAGAACAAUGGCUUUGCCUUUCCAAGUGGCUGCAGUUGUUGCUUCUCCCUCUUAUCCAAAUUCUGUAGCUUGGUCUGACGAGAACUUGGUGGCUAUUGCAUCUGGACAUCUUGUCACUAUACUGAAUCCAGCUUUACUUUUUGGACCUCGAGGACUGAUUACAGUCCCCCCUAGCAUACCUUUUCCAAUUGGAGUGAUCAAGAAAGAAGAUCUUCUUUCUGGAUGUUUAGCACCUACCUAUUUGGCACGCGAAACUCGUCCUUGUGUUCGCUCCAUUUCAUGGUCUCCUCUAGGAUUAGCUCCCAAUUCAGGAUGCUUGCUUGCUGUUUGCACCACAGAAGGUCGUGUGAAGAUUUACCGUCAGCCUUUUCUUGAGUUCCGUGCUGAGUGGGUAGAGGUCGUUGAUAUUUCUGACAUUCUAUGUGAUUACCUCACAAGUAUCAAUUUUGGGGAGUUGGAAAUGACUUCCACAGAAUCUUGUCAUGAGGAAAGAGAUAGAGACAACAUAGAGCUUGGUUAUGUCGAUAGUUUGAAGAUCUCUAAUUUGAGCAAGGGCCGUAAACGGGCAGUGCGAAACUCAGGAAAAAUAUUUGACAACACAAGAACUUUGGCAAACCAAAUAUCACAUGGAGGAGAUGGUGUGGAUUCAAAUGGUAGCUUGCUACCAUGUAACAAAAAGUUGAUUACAGCAUAUAAAGAAGUAGUCUCCUUCCCUUGCUCAAUUUUCAAACAAGGAUCUCCAGUAGAGGUUCUAACACAUAUUGGGGCUCAGCACAUUUGGUUCUGUGGAAAAAUAGAAUGCAUGGAUGGUGCAAAAGCUCUUGUUCGCUUCUCAGAAUUGAUGGAUAAUGAGAAGCAAGAGGAAUGGGUUGAUCUCAACCCUGUAAAUGAUAGCACAAAAAAUUCAAGUGUUAUCAGCAAUACUAUGGCUGAUCAGGAUGCUCCUUCGCCAAAAAUUCGUCCUUCCAUGAAUGUGGGCAAUCUUCCAGAUCAACUUUUUCUGGAUAAAUGUCAUGGGGUGGAGGAAAUUCUCAGAAUUGGGCAAGUGGUGGAAGCUUUUAUGAAUAAUAGAUGGGUGGAAGGCUUAUUUAUGGGCUUCAAUGGUCAUGCUUUACUGGUGAAACUUACUGGUGAUAGCAUCUGUCUCACAUUAGAUGCUAACACAGUUCGAGUGGCACCAUUAUGGAAUGCUGAGCUAAGAGCAUGGCAAGUUACUCUUCUGAGGAUCAAGACUGAGAAGCUCAGAGAAAAUAGUCUGGGGCAAACUUCUUCUGUGCCUACAUCUGAAGGGAAGCAUCCAAAGAGGAUGAGAGAAAAUGAUUAUUCUCCAUUGCUAAAUGCAGGGCAGUAUGCUUCUCGCAAUGCAAUUUUAUCAUCAACUGUUGUUGCCUGGUCACCUUUGUUGCAAGUAUCAUCUGAUGUUGAUACUACACCCACAGAUAGAUUCAACAGUGACGGCACUCUUCUGGCAGUGGGAAGCAAAUCUGGUAAAAUUUCUUUGUGGAGAAUACAUGAACCACACUGCUACUCUACUGAGGACAGCAAGGUUUCAGUUGAUAUGAUGCUCAUAGGACUCCUUGAGGCUCAUAGUUCAUGGGUCACUGCAAUUAGCUGGGGAAAAUUUGCAUGUGAUGCUUCAAAUUCUAAGGUUCUUUUGACUACUGGGAGUUCUGAUGGGAGUGUUAAGAUCUGGCUUGGAGAUACUGGUAGAUUGCUCAAAUCAUCAGAAGUUAGUUGUGCUUGCUUUUCCUUGCUGAAGGAGGUGUUAAACACUUCUCCAGUCCCAGUGUCAGUACUAUCAGUAAUUUUUCCCAUACAAACCCUGGAUGAAAUGCUCCUGGCAAUUGGAAAAGGAUCAGGAUCAUUGGAAGUAUGGAGGUGUGGCAUAUCCAGCCACAAGUUCCAGAAGUUUGGUUCAUAUGGUGCCCAUGAACAUAUUGUUACUGGUAUCGCUUGGGCAUUUGAUGGUCGUUGUUUGUACAGCUGUGGCCAGGAUAAUUCCAUGCACAGCUGGAUUUUACAUGGGAACUCCCUGCAUGAAGUGCCUAUUCCUUCGAAUUCUUUUGGCCUGAAAAGCUCCUUUGAUCAUCCACUUGUAUACGAUUCAUGUUUCGGUCUAGCAAUAUCUCCUGGAAACUUGGCGGUUGCUGUGGCUCGAAGCUUUGAUGCUGAUCUUCUGGAUCCAAUGUAUCAGGCAAGAACUCAAAAGGCUGCUGUUGAGUUCUUCUGGAUUGGAGGACAGCAGGUUGAAGUUUCAUUGGACACAUACCCUGAUAUUGGAACUGAAGGUCUGUCUGGUUUCUUGGGAAAGGAACUGGCCUGUUGGGAGGCUAACAUUUUGUGGUCUUUAAAGAAAUAUGAGUAUAUAGAUAAGCCAUUGGUUCUAUGGGAUGCUAUAGAAGCAUUGUCAGGUUUCAAGCAAGCAGCACCAAAAUAUGUUGAACGUGUAUUGACUAAAUGGAUCUCAAGUUGCCUUAUGGCAUGCCAUGCAAACUUCCCAUCAGAAAGUACUUUGUCAUGUGCCCCAAAAUUUCUACACAAGAUUCAUUCCCGCCAGAUGCACAUUCUCAAUGUUAUCUGUAGACGUUUAAUACUGUCUGAGCUGAAGGCAGAUAUACAUAACUUCAGACAUCACAAUACAGAAAGCUUAGAUGGUGUUGAAGAUGAGCAACUAAAACUGUGGAUUGAGUUAUUUAUUAGAAAUGAAAGAGAACUGCUAGAAAGACUAGUUACUUUUAGCUUUGCAGUUCUUUCUAGUCAUGUAACUUCUUCUGCCAAUAAUAUUUCAAUAGCUAGAUACUGGACUCCUUCUGGGGUUGCGCAGAUGGAACAGUGGAUUGCAAUAAAUCAUGAGUGGGUGCAUGACCAACUUAAACUCCUGAGAGCAGAAAUUAAAGAGAUCCAUACAAGGCUGCCCUCCAUCUGUGAAUAUGUUACAGAAGAGAAGUGUAGCCAUUGUUCUUCACCAGUUCCAUUUGAAUCUUCAGAAGUUGCUUUCUGUAAAGGUGCAGCAGGCGGAGUUGGCCAAAGACAUAAACUAGCAAGGUGUACCAUAUCCAUGCGGGUUUGCCCCACUACCCCACUAUGGUUUUGUAUAUGCUGUCAAAGGUGGGCUUCAAAAUUGGCGCCUCAAAUUCUUUUUAGCAUGUCUAAAUCUCCUUCAGAAUGCAAGUUUUCUUUAGACGUCAAGUCUUGGAAUCAACUUUCCUUAAAACCCUUUUGUCCUUUUUGUGGGAUUCUACUACAAAGAUUACAGCCAGAGUUUCUACUCUCGGCGUUGCCGGUGUAACUUAAAUUUUCUAUUUCGAUUCUUUUAUAUUAUAUAUUUUUAACAUAAUGGAAUAUUCCAGAUCUGCCUCCCCACCAUGUAGUGGGACCAGAGAGGGUGAAAGGGCCAGAUUUUCAUACCAUACUUUUAGUUAAGUUUUGUUAUUGAGUUGAGGUUAGUCAUUGA